AUGGAUAAUCAGUGGUUUAUAUUUUAUAAUUCACAGCAUUGCUUCAAUUCAAUCAACAUCAUAAUUGACGGCAGGUAUUUGAAGAAUGGCAUUCAACCUGAAGAGAGGCACAGGUUCCACUUUUUCAACAGUUUCUUCUUUCGGAAGCUGGCUGACCUUGACAAAGAUCCUUCUAGUGCUUUUGAAGGCAGGGCUGCGUUUCAGCGUGUUCGUAAAUGGACAAGAAAAGUGAAUUUAUUUGACAAGGAUUAUAUCUUCAUUCCUGUAAAUUACAAGUAA